AUGUCAACUAAGUCUCAGAAAACCAGAAGGCAAAAAAGAGAUGGCAAAUAUAUACCACCAGAUAGCGAGGAUGAAAGUGAUUCACCAUCUGAAACUUCAAAUCGUCCAUUAAAAGGGAGAUCACGUGUUCCUUUCCUGCCAAGCUCAAAGAACCAUAUCAAUAUGUCAAAACGGAAAAAUACUGCAAAACGUAUUGUUCGAAAUCCAACAAAUAAAAAGAAACAUCGACAUCACAAAACUGUUGUUUUUGGUGCUCCAGGAAGCAAUGAAUCAAAAAAGAUGUUUGUUCCCAAAAUUGUCGUUAGAAACCCUACUCGUAAAGUUGUUAGAGUAUUGUCAAAACCAAAUAAAAUUAACGAAGGACAUUUGGCACCACCAGCUCCAAUGAUGCGUAGAAUGUCGAAAAAGCAAAAAUAUCAAAUUGGAAUAGACAAAAAUACAAUUAUUGAAGCCCAAGAUGCACUUUUGGCAUCAUUUCCGUUACCAUCUUCAUCGGUUCCUCAUAAAUUUAGCAAAAAUAUUAGCAUUAUCGGUGCUAUUAAUAUUCGAGCAUUUGGUGCUAAAAAAUUUUCUAAUCUUGCCGUAAUGAGAGUUAUUAUAGACAUCCUUCGACGAUACGAUAUUGUUCUUUGCCAAGAAAUUCUUGUACCAAUUGGUAAAGAAGAAAUGAUUCAGCGACUUGUAGACUUAAUAUCAACUCCUUCCACUCCAUAUUCUUUUACGUUGAGUCGUCCUAUUGGUAAGAGUUCGUAUCAAGAAAGGUAUCUUUACUUGUAUAGAAAGAAUGAAUGGAAAGUAUUAGAGGACUAUGUAAUUGAUGAUCAAAAAAUGGGUAAUAAAUUUAUCAGAGAACCUUAUGUUGUCAGAUUUCAACAUUUAAGAAAGCCUAACGUGAAAGUUACCCUUGUUGGUUGCCAUACACAACCACAAAAUGCUUAUAAUGAAAUAAAAACGUUAGUGGCUGAUAUAUAUACUAAUGUGAAAGAAAAUUUAGAAAGAAAUAAUCUAAGGGAUGGUGAAAAUGAUGAACCUAUAAUUUUAAUGGGGGAUUUUAAUGCAUCAGGUUCUUAUCUCAACAAACGAGAGCUUUCAAAACUUGAUGGAAUAUUGCGUAAAAACAAUCUGAUUUGGGGAAUUCAACAUUCAAGCAAUACCACUUUGGCUGCGAGAGAUGCCGCUUAUGAUCGAUUUAUAUUUGAGAAGGCAAGUGUACGAGAAUGGAUUGGGCAUACUCGUGUAUGGAGAUUUGAUGAGGCUUGGAUAAAUGAAAAAGUAGAUCCAAUUUUGACCAUUAUCCUAUUGAAUUUGAAUUGA